GAACAAACGUUCACAACUUUGUGAAGGAUACGGGAGAAGUAUCCGAAGACGAACUUGGUUUAGGUUCACAUAAAAACCAAAAUGACGAAGGUGUCGGUUUACCAUUUAAGUCCAACACCUUCGAUUUCGUUCAUCUUCAAAAUGCCGCGUUUAAUUUUACAGAAGAACAAUGGAAGCACAAGGUGAUUCCCGAACUGGUGCGGGUCACUAAAGUUGGUGGGUGGAUCGAGUUGUGCGAACUUGGUCACGUGAUGGGUUUAAACCUAGAAAUCGCGUCGUACCUCGGCAAUAUAUUGGAAUCACAUUGUGCCGGACAACUCACCGAUUUUCAUCAUAAAGUACAAAUGAUGGCACACCACGAACAAGGGGCCGGUAGGGUGGGCAUUGCCUCCCGUGAGAAUUGCAUACAGUUCUACCGUCACACUAUUGGUUCUAUGAUUCUGGAAACGAUUAAUAAUCAUUUGAGUGACAUGAUACCCCAGCAUAACAGUGUCAAGGGGAAAGAGAAGGAGGUGGACUCAAAGGAGAAAGGCUUUAUGGAAAAUAAUGACGAAGAUAUAUGCAAAAAUGGAAUGGAGGCGCGAAAGAUGGUGAUGACUCGAGAAGAAUACGAGGAGAUAUUAAAUAGCGCUGACGAAUAUUGGGAGAAGAACAA